AUGAUUGAAAGUGUAAAAAACGAGAGGGUUUUGCAGUCGGUCGGUGCUCUUUUGCGACAGAAGCAAGGUGUCAGAUGGUAUGCGCUGUAAAUUUUUCAAAAUCGUCAUAAAUUGCGACUUUUAUAGCUUGAUUUGUCAUAAGUGCACUUUAUAGAUACUUGCACUUUUAACGUAAAAAAUUUUAUUAGAAGGUGAAAAUGGUAAUUACUUUCUUUGCAAAAAAUAAAAUGGCAAGAACUUUCUUUACAAAGUUGAAAAUGGCGAGAACUUUUUUUCCAACAUAAAAAUACUUAAAAUCCAAAACAAAAAUUUUUAAAAAAGAUAAAAAAUUAAUUUUAAUUUGAAAAAUAUAUUAAAAAAUCCAUUUUAUAAUUUCUGUUACUUUAUAACCGGCCGUAUGAGUCCAAAUAAUACUGAUUUUACUACGGACCUACUUCAAAUAGAUUUCUGGGAUAGCUGGUUUACCAAAGAUGGAUUAAGAUCGUAUACGUACGUUUACUAACAUCGUAAAGUUGCAGAAACUUUCUGUACAAAACAUAAAACGGCAAGAACUUUUUUUUGCAAACUAUAAACUGGCAAGAACUUUCUUUACAAAAUUAAAAAUGGCAAAAAGUUUCUUUACAAAGGUUGACAUGGCAAGAACUUUUUUUACAAAAUUGAAAAUGGCAAAAACUUUCUUUACAAAGCAAAAAUGGCAAGGACUUUCUUUACAACACGAAACCUUCAUUUUUCAGAAUUUUCCUGUUGAUUGCAAUAGUGUUAAGCCUAGUAAGCUCUGUUGGUAUUUCGUUCGUCUCCUUUCAUUUCAACCGAUACGUAGCCAGUCAUCCUCAGAAUAUUAUCAUAAAGUUUGUCGAAGUUGAGUGUUGGAAGAAGCCGGAUAAAGGAAAACCGUUCGAUUUUUUAAAUUAUUUGUCAUCAUUGACCGCUGAAGAAAAGGAGAAGAGGAGUGGACAGAAAGUCGUGGGUUUCACUGCUUUUUCAUUUUAAUGGCAGAAGCUUUCUUUACAAGUAUAAAGACGGCAGAAACUUUCUUUAUACAAAAACGGCAAGAAGUUUUUUGAUAAAAUUAGUAGAUUUUCGUCUAACUUGGCACCUGCAAGCUGCACAAGGCUAAAUUUGAUUAUUUUGUAUAGGAAUGGCAAAAACUUUCUUUACAAAACAUAAAAUGGCAAGAACUUUCUUUACAAAACAAAAAAUGGCAUGAACUUUUUUUACAAAUUAUAAAAUGACAUGAACUUUCUUUACAAAGCAUGAAAUGACAAGAACUUUCUUUACAAAUUAUAAAAUUGCAAAAACUUUCUUCACAAAACAAAAGAUUGCAAGAACUUUCUUUUCGAAACACAAUAUGGCAAGAACUUUCUUUACAGCAAGUUUUCAUUUCCAGAAAGUGGAGAUGUGCAUGUAUCAUGAUGAAAAAGUGAUAGAACGGAAGCACAAAAAGUACAUUAAAAGGGCCAUGAAGGACAGUAAGAAGAAGAUGAAGGAGGCGGAAGAAGAGAAACGACUCACAAAAGCCAUGCAACGAGAAGAGCGAGAGGAACAAAAGCUGAUCAAUGACCUGAUCGUGUCCAAUGAAAGUCAUUCUAGUGAACGAUAA